AUGGUUGUCCCAGGAUCACAUUCUCCAUCAGCGAGGAAACAAGAGAAUGGGACAGGAGUCGACAUCACUCUGGAUGCAGUAAAAAUGCACUUGAAGUCUGUAACAGACAACGACGUCAUCGCCAACUGCAGCCUGGCUCUCUCCAACAUCGCGACAUGCUGCGGCACAUCGCGCGACUUCGUAGCCAUUGGGAACCUGGCGACUCAGCGAGGUUUCAAGAGAGCCUUCUCUCAGUGCGGGGUAUUCGCGGCAGUCAUCCAGGGGAUGAGGAACAUGCUGGAAGUGCAGAAGGCUCAGAUCAGCGGCUAUCGCGCCCUCCUCAACCUUGCGUACGACGAGGAGAACAAACGGCUCAUCUUCGAGGACGGCGGUACAGACCUGAUUCUGUCCUCCAUGCAGCAGCACGCCGGCAGCACCAGGGUGCAUAUGUUCGGGUGUUUGGAGCUGCACCAGAUGAUCUUCAAGAACGAGACGGCUCUGUGCGUUCCUGCCCAACAAAUUCUUGCACAAGCCUAG